CGCUUGUACAAGUCCAUUUGUCGCUCACCACACCUCCCUCUGGCGCGCUGUGUGUCUCCGCAUAUAUCGCGCUGCAUUUCCUGCAGACGCCCCCGCAGCUGCCUCGUACUGUACUCGCUCAAUUGGCUACCCCACGACACUCGACGCCCUCCGAGUCCCCAUCACCCGCUCUGUCAACCUCCGCAGCUCUCGAUCAGACUCGCCCCCGCAAAUGCACCUCCCGCGGUCACACAGCCCUCCGUCGACGCAUGUCCCCACACUCCUCCCGUGCGGCGAGGCUCGCUGUCGGCAUGUAUGUCAAGACGAAGCUGUAUCCGGAUCACACUCGCUUGCAACGCGACGGUGCACAGGACCCAGCAGUCCCUCGCGGCGUCGGCGCACUUCUCCGCCAGUCGACUCGUCGCAUGCUCACCGCGGCCCGAAGCGACCGCUUCCGCUGCGUCGGCGCAAGGGAAACGUGACCGUGCAGUCAAUCGACUCCACCGCCCAACAGACCGAAUGGAAGAGCGGUCAGCGGCAGACUCGAUGGAUACAGACGUCGGUGUCACGCCAACGACCGCCCUCGGAUUCAUUUGCACUCCGUGCUCGGAUAGUGACGAACGCACGAGGACUCGCCGCAAGGCCUGCGGGUGAUGUAAGAGACGGGGCGUAGGCGACAGACGGGGCGAGAAGCCAGGUAAGUAGUGCUGCGACCGGGCUGAUCACCGUGACCGAGGCUCGCGGCAGGCGAGACGGCCGGUCC